AUGUUGUUCAAAAAGCACAAGGCAGCUCUCGCGGAGCAACACCGCGCCGCGGUCCCCAACGAAAAGGACACCUCCUCUCUCGACGACGCUUCCCUCCCGCGCGAGGCCCCCGGCGUCCUCGUCGCCGACGACAACGGCACCGCCGCUCCCCCCGCCAACAUCUUCGACGACGGCAGCAACGGCAAGACCUACCGCACGCUCACGCGGUGGGACACGAUCCUCGUGCUCGUCACCAACCAAGUCGGGCUGGGCAUCCUCUCGCUGCCCAAGAUCCUGCUGACGCUGGGCCUCGUGCCGGGCGUCAUCGCCAUCCUGGGCCUCGGCGUCGUCUCCUUCUACACGGCGUUCGAGCUGCUGCAGUUCUGGCGCGCGCACCCGCACUGCGUCAACAUGGUGGACAUGGCGCGCGUAGUGGGCGGGCGCCCGCUCGAGGUCAUCGUGGGCGUGUCCCUGCUCGUCAAGAUCUGCAUGACGUGCGGCAGCGCCACCGUCACCAUCGCCGUGGCGCUCAACACCAUGUCGGGCCACGCGCUGUGCACCGUCGGGUUCGCGGGCGUGGCCGCCAUCGCGUGCUGGCUGCUGUGCCUGCCGCGCACCUUCAAGUUCGUGUCGCAGACGGGCGUGCCCUCCACCGUGAGCAUCCUCGCGGCGGUGCUCAUCGUCAUCAUCAGCCUGGGCGUCGCGGGCGCGCCCAAGAACGCGCCGCCAGGGUGGGAUAAGGAGAUCGUCAUCGUGGGGAACCCGUCGUUUCGCGAGGGCGUCGGCGCGUGCCUCAAGGUGUGCUACGCGUACGCCGGCAACGUGGGCUUCGUGUCGUACAUGGCCGAGAUGAAGGACCCGUCGCGCGACUUUGUCCCCGCGCUGAGCAUCCUGCAGGUCGCCUCCGUCAUCCUGUACCUCGUCACCGCCGUGGCCAUCUACUGUCUGUCGGGGCAGUACACGACGUCGCCCGCGCUCGGGUCAGCCCCGCUCAUCCCGGCCAAGGUCGCGUACGGCAUCGUUCUCCCGGCGCUGUUGAGUACGGGGCUGGUGUUUGGGCACACGGCCAUCAAGUACAUGUACGUCGUGGCCAUGCGCGCAAUGAAGCGGACGCAGCAGAUGACGGACAACUCGGCGAGGUCGUGGACAACCUGGGUCGUCUGUGGCACCCUGUUCUGGGGUGUGUCGUUUGUGCUCGCCAACGCGAUCCCCAUUUUCGACUCUAUCCUGUCCAUCGCGUCGGCCACGUUCAUCGCGUGGUUCACCUUUGGCAUCAGCGGCGUCUUCUGGUACCACCGCAACUGGCAGGAAAAGUUCCGCCGGCGCAACAUUUUCCUCGCCGUGGUGAAUGCGCUGCUCAUCCUGCAGUCGCUGUUCAUGAAUGGCGUGGGCCUGUGGUCGGCGGUGCAGGGACUCAUUGACAUUUUCAAUGACAAGGAGAACAAGAUUGGUGGCGCCUUUACCUGCGCGGACAAUUCCAUCUUUUAG